AUGUCUUCGUUCAAUGCGACACCACUGGCUCCCAAGCCCGCGACGUAUGAGUUUGUCGUUGGCCAACGUCCCGACCAGCUUAACGCCGGAUCUAACAAAAAGUUGCGGUCGCAUCUGUCCAAGAGAGGAUGGGAGGCCUAUCUGGAGCAGAAGAAACUAUCAUCGCCAGUCUCAGUUCGAGUAGAUGAAGCAGCUCAUCAGACCGAUGACGGGGCUAGGCGAAAGAAGCGCAGACGCCAUCGGCAGGCCAUUACUUGGGAUGUCGUGGAACCGGACGAUCCCAGAUUUCCAGGACCUGGAAAUGUCAGAGAGGCCAUGCUAGCCCUCAUCAAGACCGGAAGGCACAUGCCUUUGGAGAAGACGCUUUCAAUCGACUACAGGCUUGGAGUAGACCACUACAUUAUCCACAUGGCCGUCGACAUCCCUGAACUGGACCAACCCGGAAACGCUGGUCUUCUUCGCAGUCGCUGGUUCCGCAUGGCCACGACCGAAAUGUCCACGUUCCAAGUCGUCCUGCUCCUCGCCGCAGGAAACUUUGUCAGCGUCAAGGGCGCCGUACCCGCAGAGCAAGGGUUCAAUCUCCAUCAGCUCAGAGGCGAUGCUAUCCGAUCUAUCAAUUAUGCCAUGAAUGACCAAGCCAAAGCCACAAGCGACUCCAUCAUCGGUGCGGUAGCCAAGUUGGCGAGCUUCGAGUCCAUGCAUGGCUCGGAGGCUGAUUUUCGGCUACAUAUGGAGCAUACCAUUAGGCUGGUGAAUAUGAGAGGGGGCCUGAACAAUCUGGGUCUGGGAGGGCUCUUGCGGAGGAUGCUCAUCUGGAUUGAUGUAAAUGGCAAUUUUUUGUAUAAAAAGCCGCGGUAUUGGCCUGGUGAGAACUUUGAUGGAAGUAAAGAUUCGAUUUCGGAGCCCAAUCCGGAGCGAUUCAUUGCCAUUUAA